CGGGGACCAAGCCAGCCCGGCCGAGGCCCGGGUCCCGCCCGCCACGGCCCUCGGGGCCCCGCCCACAUCUGGCAGAAGCCACGCCCCGUCCGUGGGGGUGGGGACGGUCCGCCGGACCGAAAUUCCCAGACUGCUGCCUCAGGCAACGGGCUUUCCGACUCCUUGGCUUCUUAUGUGAGGAAACCACAGCGCGGCCGGCAUCCAGAGUCGGUUAGUCGCGAAGUUCUCGCCGGACGAAGGGACCAGCCAGCGCCCCGCUAGACAGCGAGGCCGGAAGCGGAGACGUGGCCCCUGCGCGGCCCCGGAAACCAGUGAGGCCGGCGCGCGCCCGCCGGAAGCUGCGACCCCGACGCGGCCCCCCAUCGCCCUCGGCGCCGGAAGUGGUCGCGGGCCGUUCUGCUUCCUGCCCGAGGGGCGCGCGCGGGCCUGGGGCGGCCGCGGAGGCCGAAGCAUCCAUGGCGGAGGGCGGCAGCCCAGACGGGCGGGCAGGGCCGGGCUCCGCAGGUCGUAAUCUGAAGGAGUGGCUGAGGGAGCAAUUUUGUGAUCAUCCGCUGGAGCACUGUGAGGACACGAGGCUCCAUGAUGCAGCUUACGUCGGGGACCUCCAGACCCUCAGGAGCCUAUUGCAAGAGGAGAGCUACCGGAGCCGCAUCAACGAGAAGUCUGUCUGGUGCUGUGGCUGGCUCCCCUGCACACCGUUGCGAAUCGCGGCCACUGCAGGCCAUGGGAGCUGUGUGGACUUCCUCAUCCGGAAGGGGGCCGAGGUGGAUCUGGUGGACGUAAAAGGACAGACGGCCCUGUACGUGGCUGUGGUGAACGGGCACCUAGAGAGUACCCAGAUCCUUCUCGAAGCUGGCGCGGACCCCAACGGAAGCCGGCACCAUCGCAGCACCCCUGUCUACCACGCCUCUCGCGUGGGCCGGGCGGACAUCCUGAAGGCCCUCAUCAGGUACGGGGCUGAUGUUGACGUCAACCACCACCUGACUCCUGAUGUCCAGCCCCGAUUCUCCCGGCGGCUCACCUCCUUGGUGGUCUGCCCCUUGUACAUCAGCGCAGCCUACCACAACCUCCAGUGCUUCCGGCUGCUCCUCCUGGCUGGCGCGAACCCCGACUUCAACUGCAAUGGUCCUGUCAACACACAGGGAUUCUACAGGGGCUCUCCUGGGUGCGUCAUGGAUGCUGUUCUGCGCCACGGCUGUGAGGCAGCCUUCGUGAGCCUCCUGGUAGAAUUUGGAGCCAACCUGAAUCUAGUGAAGUGGGAAUCGCUGGGCCCAGAGUCGAGAGGAAGAAGAAAGGUGGACCCUGAGGCCUUGCAGGUCUUUAAAGAGGCCAGAAGUGUUCCCAGAACCUUGCUGUGUCUGUGCCGUGUGGCUGUGAGAAGAGCUCUUGGCAAACACCGGCUUCAUCUGAUUCCUUCGCUGCCUCUGCCAGACCCCAUAAAGAAGUUUCUACUCCAUGAGUAGACUUCAAGUGCCGCAGCUGAUUCCAGCGAGGGAGAAGGUGAUCUGCAGGGAGGUGGACACCGAGCCCUGAGUGCUGUGCUGCUGCUGGUCUCCUGAUGGCUGUUGCUGCAGAAGAUGUCCUCGUAGACUGUCAUUGCUCCUCAGGUGCCUGGGCCGCUGAACAGUCCUUGGGUCAUUGUCAGCUGAGAGGCUUAUACUAAAGUUAUUAUUGUUUUUCCCAAGUUCUCUGUUCUGGAUUUUCAGUUGCAUAUUAAUGUAACGGGCCAUGGGAUAUGUACAUGUAGGGGCUGAGGUUGGAGGCCUACUGAUUUCCCUGUAGGGAAGACUCCCAGCACUUCUGGAACUGUGCUUCUCUUUAUUUUUCUACUUCUCAAUUUGAUGGUUCGAUUAAAGCCUUCUAGUAUCUCAAUGAAAAGGGAGUUUCGUAAGCAAAAUAGAGGACAGAAAUGCAGUUCAUGAACUUGCUGGUUGGUUUUCCCUGCUCCUGGGGUAACACAUGCACUUGUCAUACACGCCCCUUCCUUGCCCCUUCAGUAUUCUCUCUUUGCGAUGGAGGUCUCAUAGUGAGUGUCUUCACUCAAGGGUGGUUUCCUGGCUGCACGGCACCUGUUCCAACACUUACUGUGCCUCUCAUCAGGUGUCACGAUUUUUCUGCCACUUCACCUUAGGGAGCUUCCAGUGAUUGAUUUUAGGAGGCCCACACCAAAUUCCCCAGGAAAUGACUGCCUUCCUUGGGACCAAGGACCGUUCCAACAGCAUUCACUGCCAGUUCUAAUAGGCAAGGAAAAUGCCCGAGGCGCUGUCUUCUGUCCCCCACACGUACCAGAAAGUGAAAAAUGCAGCGAGUCCUCUGGGUGGUUAUGAGCCUCCAGGCGCAUGCUGUCCAGUGGACAGAACAUCUGGCGGUUGGUUGAUUGCUCUCUUUUGUCUUGGUCGCUGCUUCUAGAAUCUACGCAGGGGAUAGCAGUGAGGUCAGAAGUCUUUCCCGGGAGAGAGAUGGCCUGGGUUAUCAUUGCUGAUAGCUUUGGCUGCACGGGUUGGGCUUCCCCUCACCCAGGGCUGCACAGCCAGGUGUGAGGGUCACCGGCAGGUGGGCUGGUGGCUGCAGCCUCAGAGCCCUCCCAGGUUGCUGCUGUUUCCGGUGAAUCACAUUUCGUCAUCUGAAGCCCGUGAGGACCAUUGUGUGGAUCCAUGCUGAUUCUAGACUUCAGAUAUAUUUAGGAAGGAGCAGAUCUCAAAUCUGUGUUCAGAUUUUCUGUAAUAAGAGAAAUCCAAUUUGUAAAACUUGAACAAUGAUACUGUUUUAUUUACUUAGUAGCAUCACUGUGUGUCUUAGCAGGCAGGCAGUGUCUGGCCAUUAUUGCGUUCUACAGCCAGAGGAUAGAAUUCUAUACCCCCAACCCCUUGUGUCACAAAUGGGCUCUGUGUGGGUCACCCCAGCUGACCCGUGUAUGUGCAGAUGCAGUUCCGAAGGGAAGAACAGUCCUCGGGUGAUUCAGAGGGGAAAAUGCAAUCCGGGAGGUGUUUCCUCAGCUGAGGUGACACUGUUAGAAGCUGUGAUGGUUGUGUAAAUGUGGGCUGUGUGCUGUUCCCGAGGGGAGCUUGGGAUUGGGUCCUGCUGAAGCCAGGAGGGUCUUCCCAAGAUAGGAGAGGAACCGCAGGUGGUGAGCGGCUGGGGAGGGCCAGGACAGCUGGGGCUGGGUGCUGCAGGGGCUUCAGCCCGGGAGAGGGGGUAGGCGUGUUCUUUGUGGUACCAAAGUGGGACUAGGACAAAAAUUGGGCUGUGGCUGGGGCAGGAGCUAUAGGGAGUUAAGGAAUGAUGAUAUGGAAGUUGGAGCCACCACAGUGGACUGGGCCUUGUCACUGGAGGUCGUAGGCAGUGGCUCACCACCCUGGUAGGGCUGAUAGGGGCUUUCAGGGAGGCUGGUUAGCUCCCUGCACUCUGGCUCUUUCCUGGCUGUUUAGCUCCUCCCACCUCGGGUCUCUUCUUCCUGCCACCCUUUGGGCUCAGAGGAGGGUGGCUUUUUUCGAGGUGAGCCAUGUUGUAGACACAUCACAUGCUCUGCGUCUGCUCUACUGAGUACUUUCUGCAGGGGCCUGUUAAGGGCGAGGCCUCCCCAGCCCUGCGCGGUGCAGGAGGUGGCUCAGUUCUUGAACCUUUUGGGAAGUGGCACUUGGGAAUGCUGCCUCGUGGGAGUCCCAUGCAUGAGUGUGGUGGUGUGACCUUCAGGCUGCACAGAGGCAAGGACCCAGAUGUGGCAGCAUGGGCGUCAUGCUCCUUUGCACAGCCCAGGGCCUGUUUCGGAGGUACCAGGUCACUGCCCCUGGUCUCUCUAGGAGGAGUAGACUGAAUGGAUCCUUGCAGAGAAGACUCACCCAGACCUGGCCAGGGAAUGAUGUAUCUGGGGAGAGAAUGAGCUGGAGGAGGGGGCCUCUCAUGGCCCUUCCCUGGCCUGUGGCCCAGCCUGGCUGGCCUGCAGGUGUCUAGGGUCUCAGCUUUUCAUUUGCAGAGGACAUGUUCAACUUCCUCUCUGUUCAAGCCAGCCUUUGCCAAUUUUUUCAGAAUGCAAACAAUUUGGAGGUUUGGUAUCUUGUUUCAUAGCUGCCAAAUAUGAAUCUGAAAACAGGGUGGGUAGCUAAGGUCAUUCCUCCUGGGUUUUAGUGACAUUGCCUUCACUAAAGCUCCCUUUUUUUUCUGUUGGCAAGGACAGGUUACAGAAUAGGAAGAGUAGCACUUUCCACCUAAGCACUUUAGGAAAUCACCUUUCUAAGCCCUGGGGCGCCCAAGUCCCAUGGGGCAGGGAAACGUGGUCCUCAGUGAGGCUGCUGCCUGGCUGGCCUGGAGUCCUCCCUAGGAGAGGGGCUCGUUGGGCUAGGGGAAGGAGCCUGAAGGUUGCCCCUGGUUGCAUCCCAGAAGCAUCUGACUGUCACCACUGCUAGGGCAGCUGCUGGCUGUGGAACAGUCCUGGGCCCUGGGCCUUGGCUGCUGUCAACAGAUGGGCUGGGCUGGGCUGUGGUGGGGUGGGGGACAACGUUGGUAACUCUGAGAAUUCAGCUUUGGAGUCCCGGGUGAGGGGUUUUAGAUAAACCCAUCAAUAUCACCCACAUUCUGUGACUCUUUGCAUCACUCGCGUUAUUUAUUUAUUUAUUUAUAUAUAUUCUGCCUUGUUCCAGAAAAGUGUUUAAGGCAACAAUGCUUGUUUUUUGGUGUUUUCUUUUGACAUUUGAAAAUUUAGUACGUUGUUAAAAUGUACUUGUUAAACAGGUAAUUUUAAAGAGAAGGAACAAUUGUUUUUAGUAAGUUUUCUUUUUCCUUUUUCAAUGAAUUGAUUCUUCAAAUUAAAAGUUCUUGAGAGAAGGAGAGGAAGAUACAGCAGACAUAGGACUGAGCCAAGGAAGAGUCUGCCUGAGAGAGACGCUUGGCCUGUGCUUUGCUGCCAUCCGUGCGGCCUUGGCCACAUCCCUGUUAACAGAGGCAGCUCCACUUCAGACAGGGACAAGGCUUCCUGCUGUGCCUUUCUGGCAGGGUUUUGUGGGGUCACAUGGGAAGCAAUGUGUUAUGCAAGCAGUCUCCAUGUGCGUGUAAACUGCUGUCCUGGUGACUUGUCCCUCUUCUUAGUGGAAAUGCAUUUGAGAUGGUGACAGGGCUGGAUGAACUUGUGGCCCACAGCAUAGCACUGGGGACAGAGUGCUCUAUGCAGGUGAGGCGUAUGAGAACAGCAUGGUAAAUAAUUGAUGAAGUCACAUUUGUUCAACUUAAAGGAUUGUUCUUUAUUCUGAAGUUAUUUUCUUCCUUAUUUGGAUGAUAAAAUUUCCUUUUAUGUAAUGAAGGUAAAAGUAGAGGGCAAUAUUUUUGCUUUUUGAAAGCUCUUGGUUGCAAAACAAAAUGUUGGUUGCUGUUUGUCAGCCCCAGAAUUUCUUCUUAAGUUCGCCUGUCUCUGAAAUCCCAAAGUCAGGGAACCACAGUCUAGCUGUGGUGCAUGUUUACGUAUUGGUGAGAAAUUCCUCUUGGGUUCUUGAACAGCCUGUACACUGGCAGACAGCACUGCAGCAUUUCUACUGCUCAUGGCCAAGAACGAGUUUGGAGAUCGCUGCGUGCGGUUUUAGGAAGUGCAAACACCCGUGGUGAUGGGCCUCUGGCCACUGCUGGAUCCAUGGGACACACUCACAGGAAGCUGAUGUGGCCUUCUCGGUGAGGACUGCCCCUUAACCUGGGCACUGGGAGCCUGUGGCCCCCCUGUAUGUUGGUGAUGACACUAGUGUGGGUCUUCUGGCUCUGAGGCUACAGCUUCUGCCUCCUCACCUGGCCAUCGGUACUUGGCAAGCAGGCCUGGCCUCCCGGGGCCUGGAUCCCCACCGGCUGGGAUUGGCCUCCUGGAAGUACCUGUUUGGGCCAUGUGACCUCCUUUCUCACUUAUGCCUCACUCCCCUCCUCCCGCUCCAAACCCGAACCUCUCAGUGUGGAAUGAACGCUCCAAACCCGAACCUCUCAGUGUGGAAUGAAACAGUUUAGAUGUGUACAUGAUGCACGUGGGUGGGAUUCACAUCCCAGGAGAAUUCCACGGAGAGGAAUGUGCAGAUUUUGAAGUGUACAGUGAUGUGUGGAAUAAAUACUAGAAAUUCUCAGCGGACAGUGGGAUGGAGAAGUGAGUGGGGGCAGGAGGGGGAUUUCUGUUGCCUUGACAUGUCAUUGCUCAGUGCCUGGAAUGCAGGCGAGUCUCUCUUUUUUAUGUUGCUUUGAUUUCAAGAUCUCUUAGAUAUACUAGGUAGUGUAUGAAUGUGCAUAAAUCCAGUUUGAGAAUGGUGUUUAUGAAGAAGCUGUUUCGUGUGUACAGUUGCUGCUGUAAUUUAGCCGGCAGUGCCCUGCCCUGCCCUGCCCUGCAGUGUCUGCACAGCUCCCACUGCUUCUCUUUGCUGUUGGGCAUGUGAGGCAUGACUUGGAGGGGGGCCUGGUGCCUGGGGACCUGCUGAAGAGAAUGCUCACCACCAGCCCUCUGUUUCCCUUUCUGCUUUGGUAAUCAACACGUGUUUGCCUGCAGUGGCCGGGACCGUGACUGUUUCUGCCCUUGUGCCUAGUUAAGAGGCUUCAAAAGCAUAAUGAACACUUUUGAUAUGCUAUUGUAACUUUAGUAAAUGCUUUACUUCCCUCUAAUUGCCCCCAAAUGCCUUAAUUUUGUGGACUGUUUAUUUCAACAGGUGGAAGUGUUGGUCGUGUGAAAUCUUGGUAUUCGCAUUUCAAGAAGGGAGUUCUUUUUUCUUUCUUCUUUCUAUGGAACGUUUCAAGUGAUUGGAUAGAAAGAAGGGCUCUGAAGCAGGAGUUUUCACCUGCUCUGAGGGAACUUGGGGCUCCAGGGACGUACCCCAAAUGUUGCCCAGGUUGAAACUCCCUGACAGCCUGUUCUAUGUAGUGGCUCGUGGUUUCCAGUUUGAAGAGAGUUGUGCCCCUAAAAGUGUUUGAAACCUGUGGCUUUCAAGCAAGGUACCAUUGUCCCCACAGUGUUCCGUGGGGUGGGGGGUGAUGGAGACUGUGGGCAAGCCUGUUGUUUUUGGCCCCCUGUUGUUACAUGGGACCUGUUUUGACGGUGGGAGGGUGAGAUGUGAAGAUUUGGGAUGAACCUGGAGUGAACGAACUAAAUAAAGACAUGCAUCCAUCUGUCAGCGA